CAAUCUCUCACUCAAUAGAGAGAGACAAACGUUUUGUAAACAUUGAAAUGUUUGGCUAAAAGACAUUAACAAUUGACAGUCAAAUCAAAAUCAACUCAUGAGAUAUGAAUUCAAAGUGCCUUUUAAUCAACUGUUUAGCACUGGUUGUGCUAAUAACCAAUUGUUUGGCCACUUUAUCACAAAGUAGCAGAACUGCAAAACCAAAAAGUUAUGUUGAGCCGAAAGAACCGGUCAAUGAAUCGCUUUAUGACCGAAAUCUAGUUAUUACUAAUCCUAAGGUUAAGGAUAUACUGCGCGAACAUAAGGCUUACAAUCUUCAGUCGACUACUGUCCGCAACUUUAACGGAACAGUUCUCGGAUAUGUUACGCCUUGGAACUCCAAAGGUUACGACAUCGCUAAGACAUUUGCCACAAAGUUUACACAUUUGUCACCCGUUUGGCUCCAGGCAAAGCUCAAUGAUGACGACGAAACCAUUACCAUUGAGGGCACACAUGAUAUUGAUUUCAAAUGGAUGCAAACCGUACGCUUGAUUAAUCCCGAUAUUAAAUUUGUUCCUCGUGUGAUAUUUGAGGACUGGACUCACGCACAGUAUACCUAUUUGGGUACUCAACCUAAUUUAGUGCCUACUAUUGCUCGACAACUAUGUGAAUUUGCCAAGAAAUGGGAAAUGGAUGGCUUUGUGAUUGAAUUAUGGCACGCAUUUGCAGCACAGCAUCGGACUGAUUUGACCGCAAUAUUUACCAAAUUUAACGCACACUUCAAGAAAAACAAAUUGGAGCUCAUUAUAGCUGUACCGCCACCGGUCUACUACGGUGGACGAAAGGGUUCUUUUCUUAAAGAAGACGCCGAACGGUUGGCACCAUAUGUUAAGGGCUUUAGUGUUAUGACAUAUGAUUACUCUAAUCCUCAACGACCUGGACCUAACAGUCCUUUUAAAUGGGUUCGCGAUUGUAUCAAAUCUUUGACUCCCAAAGACACUUCUCCUAUAAGACGCAAACUAUGGGUUGGAUUCAACUUUUACGGCAAUGACUACUCGCCUACCGGUGGCGGACCUAUUGUUGGCUCACAAUAUAUUGAGAUAUUGGAUAAAUACCGACCAAAACUGCUUUGGGACGAGAUUUCAGGCGAACACUACUUUGAAUACAAGUCCGGUUCGGGUAGAAAUCGGGUCUUUUAUCCGACAUUAUACUCACUUCAAAAGCGCAUUCAAUUGGCUCAAGAGUUAGGCACCGGUAUAGCUAUUUGGGAGAUCGGACAGGGAUUGGACUACUUUUAUGAUCUCCUUUAAUAUCAAUACUUUUAAUAGUCAUUUAGUCAUUUAUUUAUGUUAAACAUAAAAAACACAUUCCGUUUUUUUUAAAUUUUAUGCAACUAUUAAUUACUUGUUUGAUAACAACAUAAUUGUUUGAAAUUAAAGUUAUAUAAAUUUUUGUUUUGUCAGUAAAUUGUAAUUA